AUGGCUAUUUUCGAGUUCUCUCCAAUUAUGAAACAACACGAUCUUGACAGUGAGACUCUGAAGUUAGCAUCAAACUCAAAAGCAUCUACUGGGCAAUGGGGAAGGUUCGAAUCACUUAUCGGAGGAUGGUCCCCCGUUCCUAGAAGAGUGAUUAUCCCCGCAAUAUUGGAGAUCUGUUGGAUACAUGCUUCAGAAGAACAAAUCGUUCUAGACGACGCGCACGUCCCUGGCGAGGACGCAAAAGAUGCAUUCGAUGAAAAAGUAGCCGAAUCGAUCAAAGAGUCGAUCAAGAAGUCACGGCGCUCUUGGAAAAUUCACCAUGAGUCUUCAAUGUGGGCCAGAGCAGCGGGUCUGAGCGACGAUGAACUCACGAGCUUCUCUCGAGAUGAUCUCGUACAAAUCCGAAACGGACAGGCGAGCUACGGACACGUUAUCUUUGGGAAGUUGAGGCUUCCUGCUGUUAAUGAUAAGCUCGGCGAGGGAUAUGUUCACGUCAGGAUCCACCACGAGGGAGUUUCCGGAUGGAAACUACAUGCUAUCCAUCACCUCACAGCAUCCUUUGACGAGGACGGUCAUCCUCAUUCUUGGCGUGCCAUUCAUCCUGAUAGCUAUCCCUUGGAGUUCUUUGAGUACCACUCCGAGCUUCACGAGGCCCCACAACGUUCCUCUCAUCGGUGA